UAUUUGCCGAAUACUCAGUAAUUCGCUGUGAUCCCAAUAUAGAGGUGCUAAACAUGUCGCCGAUGAUAUUACGCCCGUGUCAGCUGUGUUGUGCUAUUGUAUCUGAUUACGAAGUUCAGAAUAUACUGUUGUACUUCGACUCGAGUAGGCAAUGGCCCUCCGUAUAUAAAACUGACAAGACAUGUUUAGAAAAAGAAGCCGUUUUGUCAGUCAGUAGAGGGCAGGUGAUUAACCUAACUUCUACGAGCCCAGGCUCGGGUUGUGAAAUUGAAGUUUCCCCUAGCGGUGAAAGUAUGUACCACUGUUCUCGAUACCGAAUAUUUGAGUCAGUCCGACCGCGAUGGUGGUUUAUUGCUGUUAGUAAUUGCAACUCAUCCAAGGGAGUAAAACUGAAGUACCAUUUUGUGAUGACUAACGACGAGAAGAAUUCUUGGUUUAAACAUUUUUCAGCGGACGAGUUUUACAUUCUUCAGACUGACAUAACGUUUACUGCUCUGUACUGCCUUCUAAUAUUGGCCUCGUGUUUUGAAGCAUAUACCCUACACGCACGCCACCUACUCCAUGUGACCUAUAAACUUUACAUGGCAUCUCUAAUAUUUGAAUGCUUCGGAAUUUCUUGUCUGUGUAUAUUUUACGGUGUUUUUGCACACAACGGGAUUGGACUUCUAGGAUUUAAACUACUUGGACGACUCUUAGAAGCAAUAAGUACGAUGAUAUUUCUUCUUCUGUUAAUACUUAUUUCCAAAGGCUACACUGUCACUAGAGGGCGCUUGAAACCGCUUACCUCGGCUAAAAUCGGAGUGUUCAUGACUGUGUAUACGGUAGUUUAUUCGACAUUAUUUAUCUACGAGAAAAAGGUGUUUGAUCCUGGAGAAGUGUUAUAUGUUUAUGAUAGUCCCGCAGGAUACGGCUUGGUUGGUAUGCGACUCGUGGGUUGGUCCUGGUUUGUUUAUGCCAACAUUUUUACUCUGAUACAUUAUCCUGAGAAAUCACGUUUCUACACAAAACUCUUUCUUGUCUACUCUCUCUGGUUCUUGUCAGGUCCAGUAAUCAUCCUUAUCUCGACCUUCAUGGUUCCCAAAUGGAUGAGAGAAAAGCUGAUCAAUGGAAUUGAGUUGUUCAUCAGUCUGAUAGCCCACUUAACUUUCUUUGUAUUAACAAGACCUUCUGCAGCCAAUAAAAACUUUCCAUUUCACGUUCGGACCACUCAGAUAGACAUUAUGCAGCACAGUACUAAUGGCUAUGUCGGAGACAACAACAUUGACCGAUUCAGUCACCAUCCCUAUGCUUUGUCUAUUCCUAUAAGUCAGCGACCUGAUUAUAACUCUCUAUUUGGUGUCCACGAUCGAGCAACUGGCAUGGAACUGACUUGUCGACCACAAACUCUAACCAGUGCUCCAACAGAGGAGGAUACGAAUAAUAACAGUGGUUUUCAUGUACGAAGAAGCCUGCCUAGUGGUCAACAAUAGGUUCUUUUUGAAUAAACCCGUCCCAGGUGAUUAACAAACUCCAACCUUCUAAUAGAACAAAGAGCUAGUUAUAGUCCAUGGGUGAUUUACAUGGACAUGCAUUUCACAAUCAAGUUUUGAAAAAUAAACAUUCCAGUUGUAAUAGAAAUAUUUUACUAUGAAGAUAAAUCCUUCUGAUGAUCAUCAAAGAACUAUUUUCAUCAGCUGAAUUUAAGCUGUUGAGCACUCCAACAAAUCAACCAACCUGUUCACUCAACAAAUCGACCAACUUGUUCACUCAACAAAUCAACCAAUCUGUUUACUCAUACAACAUGUUUACUUAUUACUAUAUAUUCCAGUGAAACUCUGUAGAAACUUCAACAAAUCAACCAACCUGUUUGCUUAUUACUAUACGUUCUAUUCAAAUUCCGCAGAAACCCAACAAAUCAACCACCCUGUUUUCUUAUCUCUGUAGGCUCCAAGUGAAUCUUGAAAAAACAUCAUUUAAUCGAUCCAUCUGUUUACUGACCAUUGGAGAUUCUAGUGAAACUCAUUAAAACCUUCAACAAAUCAAUCUAUUUAAUGACCACUAUACGUUCCAGUGAAUCUCAGAAGAAACUUCAACAAAUCGGACAGUCUGUUAUACUGAUCUCUAUAGAUUCCCGUGAAACCCAGUAAAAACUUCAACAGAUCGAUUCUAAGGGCGCAAAUUCCGUGUGUUGAUAUCAAAAAUAAGAUUGUUGAUCACGAAUACACUGUCGUUGGGAGCUUCUAUGCACUUAUAUAUUUAUGUAUAAAUAUUGUAAGUACCACCAAAAAGACUCCCUUUUGUGAUGAUAGCCGUUUAGUAACAUAUAAAAAUUUCUUCCUAUACCCGUUAGGUGGCCAAAAUUAAUUCUUGUAUUAGGAAAGAUACCUGUUGGCGAAUAACGCGAUUUUUCUUCGACACUAUACAUUUUAAGCAGUUUUAAAACAAAGUGUUUUUCGGAACCAUAGUCCAAGUCAAAUGGUUAAUAGAAGUGUUCAAAAACAUUGUAAAAGCAAAAUACCCCUACAAUGAUCCACAAACAAACUCCAUCAGCGGAGGAUCGAUAAUGCGAUUAGCAAAGGUCACAUGUAGGAUUUGAAAAAGGACAAAAGAUAUUUUCCCUUUUACCUAAGGUUUUAGAUUCGGUUGUCCAGAUAUUCGUGAGAGACCUAAACAAGAGCUUAUUACGGAGACUAACCUUUUGUUCCUGAAGUUAAUCUAAUACGUGCUACAGUAACAAGUUCCAUAAAAAUGAAACUUAUUUAUCUAGAGACAAUUCUAGGUAAUUGAAUAUUGUGUUAUGAAUGUAAAAACCUCAUCUUGCAACGAGUAUUUCUUUGGUACAAAGAUUUUAUUCUUAAUUUUAUAUUUUCCAAUCUUUAUUGCACCGUAUUUCUUCCAGAGGUACGUAAGAAUAUGCUAGAAGAAUAGCGUUACCAUAAGGGAUACGAUUAGGCUUUGGAACGUUUUUAAAUGCUGAAACUAAAGCUUGAUAUUCGGUGCAGUUUCUCCAUAAUGUUGUGGAUUUCUGGACAUACCUCAGUCGAAGCUAGUUUUUACAUAAUGUGUUAUAUUUCUGGGUGUACCUCAAUCGAAACUAUUUUUUUCCAUAAUGUUUUGUGUUUCUGGACAUACCUCAAUCAAAGCUAUUUUUUGUAUAAUGUAUAUUUUUGGCUGUACCUCAAUCGAAGGUAAUUAUUCCAUAAAGUUUUUUGUUUCUGGACAUAUCUCAAUCAAAGCUAGUUUUUCCACAAUUUUGUGUAUCUCUGAGCAUAGCUCAAUCGAAACUAGUAUUAUUUUUUCUGGGCAUGCCUGAAUCGAAGCUAGUUUUUCCACAAUGUUUUUUAUGUAUGGGCAUAGCUCAGUCGAAACUAGUUUUUUUAUAAUUUUUUUUGGACAUACCUCAUCCGAAGCUAGUCUUUCCAUAGUGUAAUUUAUUUUUGGCCAUACAUCAAUCAAAGCUAAUUUUUAAGUUGAUUUUCUAGUUUUUAGGUGUGACUUGCCCGAUAGAUCCGUAGUCUUUUCUUUACCUCAGUUUAACCUGGUUUUACCUUCUGUAAUGUUACUGGUAAUAUUGAAUUUGAUAUAUCAAUGUUACUGUGUAUUUCCUUAUUACAUUACUAGAAAGUUACCAAUAUUAUGUUUUUAUUUAGCCAAUUCAUUGUAUAAAUAAUCGAAAUAUUUGGAAAAGUUUUGUAUUCAUUUUAUAGCAUACUGACAUCAGGUUCGUUGAUGAAACAGCUAUUAUUGUGUGGCAAAAAGUGUUUUAUUUUUUUAGAUGAAUAACAGCUUUAUGUAUUCAUAUAAACGUGUCUAUCAAGAUUUUACUGGUUCUCACACAUCCUCAACUGUUGUAAUUUCUGAAUUAUUCUGUCUUAAAUGUGUGUUAUUAUAACUAUUUCAACAUUUUGAUCCCCUCUUCAUAUUGAAUAUACCUUUGUUUUCCGAGCGUCAUUAGUAACCACAACAAAUGAAUCCCACAAAACGUCUCUUUUUGUGUGAAGAAGUAACAGUCCAUUAAAGCGUGAAAUGUUUAUAAUUAGCCUUUUGAGUGUGAAAAAGGCCUCAAUAUAAAAGGUGAAACAUCACACCACUCUACCAACAGGCUAGAGCCAAAGCUCAUUGUCAUUAAUAUUUACAUCACGAGAUGGUGUUGCUAGCUGUUUUUUUUAUUUUUCUCGCAGAAAUUAAUACGCAAGUUUCCUAGAGAUCUAAGGUUUAUUUUUUUACUCAUAGACCCGUCAUCUCUUGAUAGUUUUGAGAUCUAAUUACAGUUUACGACUCAUGAGGUCAAACCCUUUCGAUUGAUGUAUUUGACCACACCCAAGGUCUCAUAGAUUAAUGUAUUCUAAUCCUGCCUAAAAGAAUUUUAAUUUGGGGUAGGUUGGUAAAGAUCCUGAUGAGUAAUAAAAUCGAAUUUGGUAUAAGCGCGCCCCACGCUUGAUAUUGCUAACGCAUAAAAAUAUAGUUAAUUAAAAGGCAAACAAAGGUCUCAUAGAUUUUUUACCCCAGUCCUGCUUAAAAAAUAUCAAGUACUGCGGCUAUUGAGGAUUCGUUCUUGUUUUAUAAUAGUUAAAUUCUGAAGGUAAA